AAAAUCAGGCAAAUGAUAUAUGAUGAACAAAGCCCUUUAUAAAACCCUUCAGAAUACAGAUAGGAAUAAAACUGUAUGCAAGUGCUGCCGAAGUGGAGAACAAACUCACAGCCUGUAAAGAUGCGUGUUGAAAUCUACAGACGCAGAUAGAUGAAGUGCAAUGAAAUGAACACUUUAAACACUUUGGAUGUUACAAAAAAAAAAAAAGCCCAAAAUCUCAGAAUUGACCAAUGCAUGAAAAAAAAAAUGUUUGUGACUGUAGUGUCUCGCUUUAGAGCUGUUUUGUUAGAGUUUCAAAUUCAAAGUGAUUUGCCAUUGCAUGCCUUUAAUCCAGAGAUGAGAUGAAUAAAUGCAUGACGGUAUUAACUGUGCUGUUCAGACGUCGCCUUGCAGCGAGACGUGGAGGGAGAUCUUCUGCUGGGAGACAUGGGCGAGGGCUUGCCCUUCAGACCGGGGAUGUUCGACGGCUGUAUAAGUAUUUCAGCGCUGCAGUGGUUGUGUAACGCAGAUAAGAAAACACACAGCCCUCCGAAGAGACUGUACCGCUUCUUCAGCACGCUGUACUCGUCACUGGCCAGAGGAGCACGUGCUGUGUUCCAGAUAUACCCUGAAAACUCCGAGCAGCUGGAGCUGAUCACGGCUCAGGCCAUGAAAGCCGGCUUCACAGGCGGGAUGGUCGUCGACUUUCCCAACAGCAGCAAAGCUAAAAAAUUUUUCCUGUGUUUGUUUGCUGGUGUAUCAGGUGUCUUACCCAAGGGUUUAGGUUCAGAGUCGACUGACAGAGGCGUAUCAAAUCAGGCUCAGUUCACAGCACAGAGGUCCCGUUUCACAAAUAUGAAAGGAAAGUCUGUGAAGAAGAGUAAGGACUGGAUCAUGGAAAAGAAGGAAAGACGACGCCGGCAGGGGAAGGAUGUAAGGGCCGACACGAAGUACACGGCUCGUCACAGAAAACCUCGCUUUUGAUCCCUCGACUUCUUCAUGUGAGCGUCUCGCCUUCACUGCAAAUACUGUAGACUCUCCUGGAUCCAGUUACGACUCAUAUCUCUAGUGACCAAUCAGAAGCCAGAACUAUGUGCUUUGAGGAAAUAUAUUACAGAAUAGUAAACCCAUGUGGAGAGAGCCUUUUAUAAAGAAACAAUUAAAGGACUUGUCUUAUAGGAGCUGCAUGUGGAUUAUGCUUGAAUUAACAGAAGCCGUAAUAAACCAGUUUUCAUCUU